GAGAGGAGGACACACGGGCUGGAGGAGCGCAGAGGAGAGCGAGAAUCACUGCUCACUGCACACUCGCUCAGGAGAAACCCAAGCUGCAUGAGGCUUAUCGUCUUCAGAAAUCUGCACAUGUUGGCUCUGUGUUUUGCUGCAGUGUGUGCUGAACUUUUCGGUGAUAAAUACACACCGGCGCUCCAGACUGUACCAUUCAUGUUUUGUCUAAGUUGUAACGCCUCUCAGUGGUUUAGCCUCUUCCUCACCGCACGGCACUUCUCUGCUUGGAGAACAGGCUGCACACCUGUUUCCACAAGUUUGUAAGCUGGACUGUGUUUGAAUUUGUACUCCGUCCAGCUGAGCGCGACUUUAAGGAAGGCGCUGAGUGGGAGUUGAUUUCUGAGGUAUCUUUUAAUUUCUGAGACACUCCUUCAAGGUCAUCUGUUUUGCACCAAACGGAGGGCUUAAGAUUCUGAGGUGAUUUGGAAUGACAGCACUAUCAUGUGGAAGAGCCCUCCCUCACCCAGCUGUUCUUAUGUCCACUAUUUUAAUGUCAGCCUAAUGCCAGAGGAAGACAAGCAACUGAGGCGAGCCUGCACCAGUGUUCUUCAGAGAUGAAUGACAUCUCUCCUAGCGCUGCUACCAUGUUCGGUCAGCUGACAGAGAGUACCCUGAAUGCCAGCUGCAACUACACCGAAUGCAACAGGACCGCAGGGGAGGUGGCUCUGCAGCUGCCCACUUUCUCGGCAGCAGCAAAAGCCAGGGUGAUCAUCACCUUUACCCUAUGCGCCGUGUCGGCCGCGUGCAACCUGGCUGUGCUGUGGGCGGCCAGCACCAGCACCCGCCGCAAGUCGCAUGUGCGCAUCCUGAUCAUCAACCUGACCGUGGCCGACCUGCUGGUCACCUUCAUCGUGAUGCCUGUGGAUGCGGCAUGGAACAUCACAGUGCAGUGGCUGGCCGGUGACCUUGCCUGCCGGCUGCUCAUGUUCCUCAAGCUGGUGGCUAUGUACUCCUGCGCCUUUGUCACUGUGGUCAUCAGCCUGGACCGCCACUCAGCCAUCCUCAACCCGCUAGCCAUCAGCGAGGCCAAGAAGAAAAGUAAAAUCAUGCUGAGUGCAGCCUGGGCCAUGAGCAUUGUGCUUUCCGUCCCUCAGAUGUUCAUAUUUCACAAUGUGACCAUCACAGUUCCUGCCAAAUUUACACAGUGCACCACACGAGGCAGCUUCGUAAAGCACUGGCAGGAGACGCUCUACAAUAUGUUCACCUUUGUCUGUCUGUUCCUGCUACCUCUGGUCAUCAUGAUCUUCUGCUACACACGUAUCUUGGUGGAGAUCUCUCAGCGAAUGACCAAAGGAAACAUAUCUUCAAAGGAGGUGCAUUUGCGUCGCUCCAACAACAACAUCCCAAAGGCCCGGAUGAGAACUUUAAAAAUGAGCAUCGUCAUCGUAACGUCGUUUAUUGUUUGUUGGACGCCAUACUAUCUGUUGGGCCUGUGGUACUGGUUUCUCCCUGACGACUUAGAGGAGACUGUUUCCCACUCACUUACUCAUAUCCUUUUUAUUUUUGGCCUUUUCAAUGCUAUCCUGGACCCCAUCACUUACGGCCUGUUCACCAUCCAUUUCCGCAAAGGACUGAAGCGGUACUGCCGUGGUGCGGCUGCUCUAGCAGAGCCAGAAAACAACACGGUUCUAACUGGCUCUUUGAAGUGCUCACCAUCUCCCUUGCGAAUGAAAAGGUUGACCCUGCAAGGCCAGAGAACUGAGGCUAUGGAAGGCAAAGAGGCCAAGAAGUCAGGGCAGCAUAGCAGUAAUUUCACACUGCACAACAGGGGAGGUGGUGAGCUAAAUCAGACUCCAGAAAGCGUGAUAUGACUGUUGGAUAAUACAUGCUGCGGCGAAGGCUUCUGGAGAAACUGUCCUAUUAUGUAAGGUAUGAAGGUAGCAAACCCUAAGCGCGUC